CUAAGUCCGUUUUCAACCGAAGCCGGGCUUGGGGUGAUGUUCCACCCCGAGUGCGGUUUUUCGUUGAAACUCGGGGUAGGUCAGUUUUACUUGGGGAAAAAUUGUUAAAAUGAAUCCUGAAUGUUUUGAACAGCAAAAAUAUCAGUUUGAAAAAUGGUUAAAUCUUAACAACAAGUCAAACAGCUCUGUUUUAUCAGAAUGUGAAUAUACUUCCAUUAUCGAAUAUUUGAAAGAUAAAAAUGAUGGAAAAACUGGAUAUAUUACUUCACGGAAUAUUCAACGAAGAAUCAAGUCAAACAAGUUUAAACUAAUUGAUUACCCACCCUUAGGUUUAAAAGAUAUUUUAUGUGCUCCAACUAAAUGUAAUACAGAGAAUAAUUUGCGAGAAUCAUCGCCAUUUGGAAACUACAGUCGUGUAGCGAGUACUAAAGAUGUUUUUUCUGCUAUUAAUAUUGCACAUUGCCAGAAUGGUCUGCAUCUUGGGGCUUUAAAAACUUAUAAGAAGAUUAUUGAGGGUUAUGCAAACAUUGCAAGAAAAACUGUUGAAAUUUUUAUCAGCUUCUGCCCAACUUGCAAUUUAAAUAAAAGGCAGUUAAAAAAAGCACCAUUACAACCAAUAAUUUCUACUGGGUUUUUGCAACGUCUUCAAAUUGAUUUGAUUGCAAUGGAAUCUAAGCCAGAUAAGGAAUUCAGAUAUAUUGGUCAUGUUGUUGAUCAUUUCAGUAAGUUUUAUAUUUUGUUUCCUAUGAGAAAUAAAACAGCUUUAGAAACAGCAAACAAUCUUAAAAGGUUUGUGCUGAGUUACUUUGGUUUACCAGCAAUUUUGCACAGUGACAAUGGUAGUGAAUUUGUAAAUGAUGUUAUAAAAUCACUUUUGUUAACAUGGCCUGGGAAAACCCAAAUUGUAAAUGGUUCACCAAGACAUUCUCAAAGUCAAGGUUUAGUUGAACAGGGCAACUAUACCAUAGAGCGAUUAAUAUCUUCUCGUGAAUACGAUUCUGGUCAAAGUAACUGGUCAGAAUGGUUGGUUGAAAUUCAAUAUGUUAUGAAUACUACAUAUGUAAGGAGCAUAAAAACGACACCUUAUGAGAUUGUGUUUGGCCAAAAACCAAAUGGACAAUUCCCUUUAGAGGGUAAAGAAGUAAAUGAAGAUGAUGUUGCAAACAUAAUUAAGAAUCCUAAUCAAGAUGUUGCUGAUGGUAGGACAACUGACACUCCAGAAUGCAGCAGAUCUUACAAAAGCAUUGCAAAAGCAAAAUAUGAUGAAGGUAGUAACACUGCAGAAUGCAGUGGAACUUCAAGUGAUAUUGAAGGUGGCUUAAGUGAUAACACUCUCACUGACGGAGAAGACUGUGGUAUUGUUGACUUUUCGUACCACCAUGAGUUUGAAGAAGAUACUAAAGAUAGGAUGAAGAUAACUUGUCCAAUUCGCAAGAAACUUUGCCAUGAAACAGCAAGUAAUCUGGAAAAAAAUGCAAAAUUCAUGGUUAAAAAGUAUAAUAAACAAAAAAAAUUUAAAGUUGCAGUUUUCAAAGAAGGUGAUCAUGUCAGUGUGGCUAUACCAAAAUCAUUGCGUAACUCUACAGAUAUGCUGCGUUUGCCAUGUGUUGUUCUUCAUAAGUCGUUUGGGGAAAAUCCAACCUAUAAAUUGGUGACAUCACAUGGAGUUCUUGAAAAAAGAUUUAAUGCCACCCACUUAAUGCCAUACAGCAGUAUUGUCAAAGUUAAAAGUGAUGCCAAUGUUAGCUUAAGUGAGGCCGUCUUAAAUGAAAUCACUAGUAAAGUAGUCUUUUGUCGAUGUAAAAAAGCUUGCCAAACCAAGCACUGUCGAUGCUUUGAAAAUGGAAUACCAUGUGUCUCACGAUGUCAUAAAGGAAAAACAAAAAAUUGCAAAAACAACAACCCCCAUUUUUCUGUACAGAGUGAAAAGAAUGAUGAUAGUUUAACUGAAUCAGUAGAUACUCAAAUGGCAAUAAUUUCCACAAUCAAUGAGCAAAAAUUAUUAGAGUUUAAUCGCAACAAUAUAAAUGAAGACGAAGAUUCAGGCAAUUCCCAAGAUGUAGUGGCAUUUAAAAGAGAUGAAGUCUCAAAUGUGCAAAUUUCAAAUACGAUGGAACUGUCCAUUACAUUUGAAGAAAAAGACAUAUUUCUGGACCACUUUAAAAAAAUGCUUCAAAAUGGUGAUAUUACUCAUUAUCUAGCUUCAGACGAUGCCAUCAAAGACGCGCGAGAUUUUUCAUUUGCAUAUGGUGACAUUACACGUCAAGAUAAGAUGAUAGAUAUCCACAUAUCUAUCAUCUUAUCUUGA